AUGUCUUCCUUCAACAUCGUUGUCCUGGGUGGUGACCACUGUGGUCCUGAGGUUACUACCGAGGCCAUCAAGGUCCUCCGUGUGAUCGAGAAGAACCGUGAUGUCACCUUCAACCUGCAGGACAAGCUGUUCGGUGGUGCCUCUAUCGACGACAACGGAUCUCCCCUGACCGAGGAUACCCUUGCGGCUGCUAAGAACGCCGACGCUGUGCUUCUGGGUGCCAUUGGCGGACCGAAAUGGGGCACUGGUGCUGUCCGUCCCGAGCAGGGUCUCCUGCGCCUCCGUAAGGAGAUGGGCACCUUCGGUAACCUGCGUCCCUGCAACUUCGCCGCACCCUCGCUGGUCGAGAGCUCUCCAUUGAAGGCCGAGGUCUGCCGUGGUGUCGACUUCAACAUCAUCCGUGAGCUGACUGGUGGUAUCUACUUCGGUGAGCGCAAGGAGGACGACGGCUCCGGAUUCGCCAUGGACACCGAGCCCUACUCUCGCGCUGAGAUCGAGCGCAUCACCCGCCUGGCCGGUAACCUGGCCCUGCAGCACAACCCCCCCUCUCCCCGUGUCGUCACUGAGAUCAUGGCCAAUGAGUUCCCUCAGGUCCAGAUCGGUCACCACCUGAUCGACUCCGCUGCCAUGCUUAUGAUCAAGGACCCCCGCAAGCUCAACGGUAUCGUUGUCACCAGCAACCUCUUCGGUGAUAUCAUUAGCGACGAGGCUAGUGUUAUCCCCGGCUCGCUGGGUCUCCUGCCCAGUGCCAGUCUGAGCGGUGUUCCUGACGGCAAGAGUCGUGUCAACGGUAUCUACGAGCCUAUCCACGGCUCCGCCCCCGAUAUUGCCGGAAAGGGCAUCGUCAACCCCGUUGCCGCCAUCCUCUCCGUCGCCAUGAUGAUGCAGUACUCCUUCGGCAUGUUCGCUGAGGCUCGCAUCAUCGAGAAGGCUGUCAGCAACGUCAUCGAGGCUGGCACUCGCACUGGUGAUAUUGGUGGCAAGGCCACCACUGCCGAGGUUGGUGACGCCGUCGUUGCUGAGCUCGAGAAGCUCCUCAAGUAA